CAGCCCUCUGAGAACGGACUGACUUGUGAUAGAAUUUAACAGGAAGGCUGCUGUUGGCCAGGUCACCUCUCACAGACUCCUUUAAUGUUGUAGGUGCUGAAGAGCUCAGCAGACUGGGCCGAGGUGACCGCAGGAGGACGCCAUGUCCCACAGCCAGUCAGACAGCUGCAUGGGCGACCAGGCCCAUGUAAUUCUGGAGAGCCGCUUUUCCACAGAACUCCACAUAUCUGAGCCCGGCGAUGAAUGCUCUCCGUCACAAAGCACCCCCACACCCCAACCUGAAACAUCCAAACCACAGGAAGAUGUAGUAGACAGGCUGACGGUGCCUCAACAGCGGGUUUUGAGCACCCGGAGUCCUGCAGUGUGGAAGAUUGGCACCCACCAGCUCAUCCCCAAGAAUUUAACAAGCCGGCCUAGAAACCGCCACCACACCACCGUGGUGACGUUCCCAGUGGGACUGGAGAACUCCAGCACUGCGACCCGGAGCCGUCACUCAACCCAGGGGCCAGAUUUGUCCUGGGAGGAUUAUGACAGUGAUGGAGAUGGCUUUUCUUUGAGGAGCAACCGCAGGAACAAGUCAUACAGAGCAGCUGUGACCAGCCUGGACAUUGAGGCCAUGGCGUCGGGACUCGGAGCUGCAGCCACGCUGAAACCUGUCAAAGAAGACAGAGCAGAUAGUCCCGGUCCAGCUCGCAGCCCUGGACGCAAGCGAACCCUGGGGAGAAAGAGGAACCAGAACAAACGUGGGUCCUUCAAAGACGCUACACCGCGCCUCUACCAGGAGAUCCGUGAGCGAGGGCUGCACUCGACCAACCAGGACGAGCUGCUGGACGACUUUGUGGUGGUGGAGCCUCCCGUGGAGGACCAGGGCAUCGUGGUGAAGAGCUACCGGCCGAUACAGCUCACAUGGAGCCAGCUGCCACAGGUGAGGGACACGGGUAUCCUGACAAGGAUCUCACCUCAGGAGAGAAAAAGACAAGAGGCUAUUUUUGAGAUCAUCACAUCGGAGCAUUCCUACCUGCACAGUCUUGGCAUCCUGGUGCGUCACUUCAAGAGUAGUGAAGCGCUGAAGAAAACGAUGACGGCCACAGAGCACCAUCACCUCUUCUCCAACAUCUCUGUCAUUCAAAACGUCAGCAAGCGGUUUUUUGAGGACCUUGAGCGUCGUCACUAUGACGACGCAGUGAUCCGAGACAUUAGCGAUAUUGUUCAGAACCACGCUGCCCACCACUUUGAGCCCUACAUCGUCUACUGCUCCAACGAAACCUUCCAGCAGAGGACGCUGCAGAAGCUGCUGACCAGUAACACUGCGUUCAAAGAGACCCUGAAGCAGAUUGAAGGGAGCAGUGACUGCGGAGGCCUGCCGAUGAUUUCUUUCCUCAUCCUUCCCAUGCAGCGAGUCACCAGGCUGCCGCUGCUGCUAGAUACGAUCUGCCAGAAAACUCCAGACAAUACAGCAGAGCACUUCGCUGCUGUUUGGGCGCUGCACGCCAUCAGCAAGUUGGUCACUAGCUGCAAUGACGGAGCUCAGCGAAUGGAGAGGACAGAGCAGAUGUACACCAUGCAGAAACUGAUGGAUUUUGGUAAAAUAAAGCCAUUUCCUCUGGUGUCGUCGUCGCGGUGGCUGAAGAAGCGCGGUGAACUGGCCAUCUACACAGACGAGCUCAGCAUCUGGAGGGCUUUCAGCAACAAGAGCUACUACCUGUUUCUCUUCAACGACGUACUGAUAGUCACCAAGAAGAAGAGUGAGGAGAGCUUUGUGGUGAUGGACUACGCCACUCUGGAGAACAUGGAGGUGGAGGUUGGGGAGGAUGCAGAAGGACGGAUGUCCCCGCCUGCCAAGAACAGCUCCAGCUACUAUCUGUCUUUCAAGCUGCUGAUGAGCAAGAACAGCGAGGGGAGAGCGGAGCAGAUCUCCCUGGUGGCAGAGUCCAGGGUGGACCGGGCUCGUUGGAUAAUUGCUCUUACAGAACACAAGCAGGCAGGAGUCGUCACUUGUAAAGGUGGUCUGCCACAGUAUGAGGCCAACAAAGCCUACAUGCCAAAGGAGCUAGAUGAGUUGGGGUUGAAACAGGCUGAGCUUGUCAUCUUGCUGCAGAAAGAGGAAGCUUGGUGCUAUGGGGAGAGAAUGCGAGACGGAGAGAGAGGCUGGUUUCCUGCUACCUGCGCCACAGAGAUCACCAGCCCCAAGGCCAUUGAAAACAAUGUGCAACGCAUGAAGCGCCUGCGCAAAGAGACCAAUGUUUGAGGGACUCUGAGGUGGACAAAAUAACAGAAACACCUUCCAGUAGAUUGGUGACUAACAAUGUUCAGUUUUUGUUGAAACUGCAUUGCUUGUGUAUCAUGCUGAACACAGUGGUCAGGAAGUCAGUUAACACACUGAAAGACACUUAUCAGGAUAUGAAAAGCUUAAACGACCAUUUAUGUUGUCAUGGUAGCACAGUAGAGGUUCCUGGGUUGAAUCCAACCAGUGUUCAUGUUUCAAGUUACCCUUUACAGUCACCGUCCAAACCAAUUAUUUUAAAGCAUGACCGUCAGGUCGAUUUAACCGUUAAAUCUCAACCAAAGACUUAUGUACAAAGGUGUUUUUGUCCACCUUCUUUUAUGUGCAGCCAAUAAAGAAAGGUCAUUUACAAUAGCAGGACUUACUGGCCAACAGCGGACAUCUUUACUUGUGCAGCACGACCCUGUUAUUUCCUUGUUGGUGUGAAUGAAAAUGUAGAACUUACUUGCUGUAUAAACAAUGAGCCUCAGAUGUAGUCUAUGAUUUUAUAUUCGAAAUCGAAGAUCUACAAAAUGUAAUUCUAUUCUCCACAUUCACUAUAGUAUGAGUUUGCAUGCUAAACAUUCAAGUGUGUUACCUAGUCAUCUAACCUCAAGACGAGGAACUUGAUGUAGUGCUAAAUGUAGGUUGCAUUUCUUUUAUCACAUUGUGUUGGUGUCAUUUCAUGAUGUACAGGG